AUGAUGUUACGUUGCAACCGAUCUAUGGUGUUAGCUGGACGCGACUCGAUACGAAUUUCCAGCAAUGUAGCAUCAACCAACACUGUCUUCUUCCUUGGGCCCUGUGACAUGGUCUUCUGCCUUGUGUUUGCCACACCUUGCUUCAGGAAGGCAAUCCUUCACAGAUCCAUCGAGGGUAUAUUAGCACUUCUCGAAGCUGCUUCCACAAUCUCCAGGACCAAGUUAUGCCUAAAGGUGUACCAGCCAUUCUGUAGCGCCUUCUGGCAGGAUGACAGUAUAUGGCGCAGGUUUCCAUAUGCACCACAAAACCGACAGGACCACCCACAGAACACGUUCUCAACACCUUGGACAUCCUUCCAAGUCACUGGAGACUCAUCAAAAGCUACUUCAGGAGCGCCAGGCCUGAAUAAAACUGGCAUCACCUCCGCUGGGACCUCCCUGUUGGCAUCAGAGUACGUGCUCAUAAGAUGUCUAUCCAGCUCCUCCCGCUCAACGCUCAAUGUUCCACGAGUUUUCUCCCUAAACAACUGCUUCGUGAAAUGGAAAGGACUUUCUGUGAAAGACUUCUGGGCCCUGGUAGCCUUCUAUUUCUUUUUGGCAAGCUGUUCUGCUCUACUCAACUUGCCAAUGUGCUUCCUUAUGCCUUCCAGGAUUGAAUUGAUUUUCACUGCCCUCUGCUCCUCAUUAGCAUGCAUUGCUGCUCGUAAUCUUCUUUCCUCAAUGACUGGAUGGUUCUCCGCCGCCGACUUUUCCUGCACUGCACAUUUCCUUCAAUCCAAACUUUAUUUCCCAAUAGUCACUGAUCAUGUCCUCAAGCUGGCGGACCACCCCUGA